AUGGAAAAUUUUUUAUCAGAUUUAUCAAAGGAUUUUGGUCAACUUCUUUCCAGUGGAUAUAAUUAUGACGUAAUUAUUCAAACCGGUGAAGGUCAAAGUAUGAAAGAAUAUUUUACACAUUCAUUAAUUUUAGGAGCAAGAGUAAAAGAUCAAAGGUAUGCGGUUUAUUAUCCGUCAGCUUCAAAUAUAGGACCGGCUUUUGGUGGUGGAUGUGAUUUAUAUAUUCAAGGAAAUAACAUACAUAGGAACAACUUUAUUGCCAAUACAUAUCCUGAAGCAAACAAAAUUUUAGAUCUUAGUGUAAAAAGUAUUCUGGAUUAUGAAAUAUUUCAGGAUAACUUACUUGAUCGAUUCGGCCCGGCCAAGGAUCCAAGGAAUGGGGGGUAUCCCAAAGGAACAUCACGAACACCUACUCGCGAAUUACGCAGUUUAAGGGAAACAAAAUUUAACAAAAAAUUACAAUCUUUCCGUACUGCCGGAAAUCAUGCCGCUGCUGCUCACGGAGUAGCCGGUCAUAUUCUCGAUGCGCAGUCAACAAACAAAAUUUCACUCAUUAUGGUCUCCACCAUUUACUCGUCCGAUUCCUAUAAUCACAAAAUGGAGAGCCUUAGCCCUGCUUUGGACGUAUUACAUCAGUCGUCCUUCCAAGAAAAAUACAAAGUUCAUAGACCAGUUUCAUAUCUGCAACAGCAAACCUCAAUUGUCAACACAAAAAGGCAAGUUUUCAAGAUACAUGUUUGGAAAGUCGGUCCGAUGAGGGAAAACGAAGAUCAACAUCGAGGAAUACAACAAAUAGAUGACAGAUUCGAGAUUAAUAGCGAUAGUGAUGCUGGAGUGAAGCUCGAGAUUUGUCCUAACCGACACAAGACUCAGUCAUCGUUGGGGAAAUUGUACAGAAUUGGUACCUUAGUGGGCAAUGCGUGGUCAAAAGAAAACCCAAAAACACCGUGCCGUUAUAUAUUCGCAAACUCUUGCCAUACCAAGGAAGCCCACAAGGCAAGUGGAAGUCAGUCGAUAAGAUUGAAAAUGAAUCAGACCGACAUAGGAUCGCAUCCUUCAUUAGCUAUGAGUUACCGAUGA